CGUAAUGGCGGAGCUCAGAGAGGCAGCCGCCGCCGAGAAGCCACACCAGGAGGACGUCGGCAGCAAGCGUGGUGAUGUUGGAGACACACCUUCGAAUACUUGCCUGGCUGCAGAGCAGGUGGCUGAGAAUGAAGCAGAUGCAGAUAGUGAUACCAAACCCUCAACUGCAGCCACUGAGAGACACCUGUCCAUCCAAACUAAACUCGAAGGCCUGGAGAUGUUGGUUGACCUCAAUGGUGCGGGGAGGAAAUCGUGUCCUCUGUGUCCUGAGGAGAAAUUUAAAGCCUGUUACAGCCAUAAACUCCGCCGACACCUGCAGAACCUCCACUGGAAAGUCUAUGUGGAGUUUCAAGGCCAGAGGAUGUGCAUCUGCCACCUGCCCUGCCGGAACCUGAAGCCCAGCCUCAGCGGAGAUCAGGUGUCGGGGAGACAUGUGGCUCACUACCACUGUGUGGUGUGUUCUGUCACUAUCGCCCGAAAGACCGACAUGAUCAGUCAUCUUAAACGGCACAUCAACAAAGGAGAGACUGAGGCCAGCUACUCUGGGAGCUCAGAUGUACCAUUUGAAGAGCCUGCAGCUCCGUCAGGUCAUGCCUAUGAAAUCAUGAAAGAACUUGGAACAAAUGUCCAGCUCCUCCCAAACCAUACCACACCACAGAAGAGUGACACCUACUUCAACCGCAAAAUGAAGACCAACAGGCAGCUGGUGUUUUGUUCACUGGCUGUUCUGGCUGAGGAGAGAAACCCACUCGAGUGUCUGGAUGCUUUUGGAGCCACAGGCAUCAUGGGCCUCCAGUGGGCAAAGCAUCUUCGCAAUGCCAUCAAAGUGACCAUAACAGAUAUCAGUGACACGUGCGUCAAAAUGAUCAAAGAGAACUGCAAGCUCAACCACAUUCGGGGUGAUGGAAGCCUACGAGGGCCCCGGGGGCCUGACGGUGAGGUUGAGGGAGUACCUAUCGCCACAGUGGAGGUCGCCAAGAUGGAUGCCAAUGUCAUUAUGCACCUGCGAGCUUUUGACUACAUUCACCUGGAUCCAUUUGGUACAGCUGUGAACUACUUGGAUGCUGCCUUCAGAAACGUCCGCAACCUGGGAAUCAUCUCAGUGACGUCCACAGACACAAGCUCCCUGUAUGCCAAGUCCCCAAACGUGACUCUGCGUCACUAUGGCUGCCACAUUGUGCGCACUGAGUACUACAGAGAGCUGGCUGCACGCAUGGUUGUGGCCACUGUGGCGAGAGCGGCGGCACGCUGUAACAAAGGCAUCGAGGUUCUGUUGGCAGUUGCAUUGGAGCAUUUCGUACUGGUGGUGGUGAGAGUACUGAGAGGUCCUACGCAAGCUGAUGAGUCUGCCAAGAAGUUACGAAAACUGGUCCACUGUCAGUGGUGUGAAGAGAGACUUUUCCUCAAACAGGGAAACAUGGUGGACGACACGCUACCCUGUAACUGUCAUGGAAGUCUACCUGGAAAGACAGCAGUGCAGCUAGGACCUCUAUGGUCUGGCUCUCUGUUUAAUACCGGCUUUCUGAGAAGGAUGUUGUCUGCAGCGGUACAGCACAGCAUGGAUGACAUCCAGCCACUCGUCAAAACUCUGAUCUGCGAGUCUGAGUGCACCACCCUCAAAUCUUUUGUUCAUGGGCCAUCUGCUCUCAUCAACCAGGUGGAGUGUGGAGUUGUUAUUAAAACCUUACAGAGCGGGGAGGAGUCGGGUCCUGCUGAUCAGUCUGGGAAGAGGAAGACCGGAGAGGAAUCUGGGAACAUAGUGAAAAAGCUGAGGUCUGAUGUGUCUCUGGAACACCCACCCUUCUACUACAGUAUCCAUCGCCACAGCAUCCGAGGCAUGAACAUGCCAAAGUUGAACAAGUUCCUGCAGUACCUCACAGAGGCUGGCUUCAGGGUGAGUCGGACUCACUUUGACCCAACGGGGGUUCGAACCGAUGCCACGCUGUUGCAGUUUAAAUCUGUUCUCACCAAGUACAGCGUGCCCACAUACACCAAUGCUACUGCCGCUCAGAAGAGUGUUAGCACUGAGAAAACAACCUGAGUACACCGGAAGCCAGCAGAGAAGCUGAGGUUGUUUCCAGCUCUUCAACACCUGACAGAAAAUGUUGUUUCUGCUCCACUCCAGCUGCCUCUUCACACCUAAGCAAAAUUCUGACUGCACUGAUAUUUUAAAAAAUCCACCCACCGCUCUGUGAUCGGACGUGCUUUUACUGGAACAAACUUUUAACAAACUAAAACUGAG